GAGAAGUAAAAACCUUGGUAUUGUAAAAGUUAAAGAACAUCUUAAACUACAAGAUAAAGAAAUGGAAGAGAUUAGGGAAAACUUACCAAUUCUUAAUCGAGAGACAAUAGUUGUACCAAGACAUAAAAAAACAGAUGAGGAACUUGAAAUUCUUAAAGAGGUAUUUGAUCACACUGUAGAUUUACCAAAGGAUGUAGCAAAAAGAUUAUUGUCUU